AACUACAACACAGAAGUUUGUCAAGGAAAAAGGGAUGGCAGAAUUGUAUGAAAUUGUUGAGAUGUAUCGUCCUGAUGUCGUGUGGUCUGAUGGGGACUGGGAAGCCACAAGUACCUACUGGAAUGCCACUCAUUUCUUGGCAUGGCUGUACAAUGAAAGCCCUGUUAAGGACACGGUGGUGGUAAAUGACAGAUGGGGCCACGACUCUACCUGUAAACAUGGCGGCUUCCUCACCUGUGAAGACAGGUUCAGACCAGGGAAAUUACAGAAAAGGAAGUGGGAAAAUGCAAUGACCCUGGACCGCAUCUCCUGGGGAUUCAGACGUAACGCAGAUCUGGCAGAUUUUCUUUCUAUGGAGGAGUUACUGGAAUUACUGAUCAGCACAAUAAGCUAUGGAGGAAAUAUUUUAAUCAAUGUUGGACCAACUCCAUAUGGCACAUUUUCACCCAUUUAUGAGGAGCGAUUCAGCCAGCUAGGGUCAUGGUUGAAGGUUAAUGGCGAGGGUAUCUACUCAACUCAACCGUGGAUUCACCAGAAUGACACUGUUACCCCUAAAGUCUGGUACACUGCACCAAAAGCAGACAAGAAGGCAGCUUAUGGGUUUUUCCUGGAUUGGCCAAUAGAUGAUGAGCUUGUUCUUGGCUCAGUUAGUGGGGCUACUCUCUCUAAUGUAGCCUUGGUUGGAAGUAAGAAGACUUUGACAUGGGAAAACAGUGGUAGUGGGAUCAAAGUAAUGAUUCCUCCACACAACAUCAGAGAAAUGCCCUGCCUGUGGGCCUGGGCCCUGAAGUUCACAUUCCAUUAACUCAUGUGAUACAGUAUGUUUUAGUUUGCAUGGAGAGUUGAUUUGGGCAGCGGCAGAUAGAAACUGUACUACUAAGAAAUCCAUUUAAAGUAUGAUGUCAUUUCUGGCAUGGUUUUUAAUUAGAUUAUAAAAAUCAUUUAAAUCAUGAAGGGAAUUGCUUCAUUCAAAGGUUUGUUUUCAAUGAAUUUUGUGAGCAAAUGUCAUAGUUUCUUCUUCCAUGGUACAUGGGAGAGAAGUAUCUAAGUUUUUGGAACUUGUGCCCAAUCCAUUUGACAUGUUGUCAAUAAAGUAUGCUCAAAACAAACAAACAAAACAUUUUACAAGCAUUAUGUACAUGUACCAUGCUUGUUUUGAUUUGACAUGUAAUUGCUAAAUUCUAAAGCUAUAUAAUCAUGUAUUUCAUGCUUGAAACACUCUCCAUUUUAACUUCAUAAAUUUCUUUUGGUUAAAACCCAUGUGUAAAUUUUGCAAACUGUGAAAAAGAUAACUCAAUUCUGUAUAAAGAAGAAUUCAUACCAUUGUUUCAUUCUUUAGUCUGGUGCUAUAAUACAAGAAAUAUUCACCAUUUAAACAAAUUUGAUAAAAAAGGGACUUUUAGCUGUGUUUUUUGAUUCACUGUCAUGAAUGUCUGCAGUCUUCAGUGUGUAAUGUGAUAUGACUUUCAUUUUAUUGUGGUCAGCAAGUUAAAUUAUUACAUUCUGGUCACUGGGUCAUAUAAUGACAUGUUGUGGUGAUGUGAUCAUUUGGUUUAAUUGUGACAUGGGGUGUGGUCAUUGUGUUAUGUAAUGACAUGUGGUCAUUGAGUUAUACUGUGACAUGUGGUGGUCAUGGUGUUAUACAUGUAUCAUGACAUGUGAUCAUUGGGUCAUAUAUUGACAUGCUGUGGUCAUUGGGUUAUUUUAUGGCAUGUUGUGGUCAUUUGGUUACAACCAAGUUCAUAUAUCAUGACUUUUGACAAUUGUUUAAAGGUCAUGACUUUUGAUAUUGUAUGAUCAACAAGUCAUUUGAUGACUUUUUAAGGUGCGCCAUGUUAUAUUCAUUUCUUUAAUACUUAUAAUUAAUCCAUGGAUACUGUGAUAAGAGAGUAAUUUUUCUACGAAUAAUUAUAUCCAGUACUGUACAGUGUAAUUAUAGCUUAUAGUUAUACAUGUAAUUUACCAUUUUUUUUAUUUUGAACAUUAUUACCUUGUAAUAUCUGUAUCAAGUAAUGUUUUAUACUCAGCUUUGUAUACCUGUAUUUGCAUUAACUUGACAUGUAUGUAUUAUCUCUUUGUUUAUUGUAACAUUAAUUGAUGCUUUGUGAAAUCCUUAAUGUAUUUCCUGGUUAUAUUGAUUUUAUUAGUCCCCUACCGAUGAAACCCGAGGGGACUAUAGGUUUCCUGUGAGUCUCUCAGUCUGUCUGUCUGUCCAUCUGUCUAGCUGUCUGUCAGUCUGUCCGCUUGGUUUUCCGCACUUUUUUUGAAACGCUUGCAGAUAUUGAGCUGAUUUUUGGUAUGCGAGUGUAUCUUGAUGGGUUACAGAUCAAGAUAGAAUUUCAUUCCGCUUCAUUGGUUUUUGACAGAAUUAUGGCAUUUUUAAUUUUUCAUAAUUGGGAUUACGAUCAAGUUUGUUAUGCACUAAAUUAAAGUUCCGAAUGAGCUUGUAUCAUAAUUAGAAAAGGGGAACCUGGUAGGGGCCAUGUAUUGCUUAUGCAAUACUCUCAGAAUUCUUGUUUGAAUUAUUUAUCAAAACUUACAUUUGCAGUACAUUGUAUAAUCAAGAAGUAUUAGUCAAUAGUAAAUGAAACAUUAGCACUGGAUUGCUCAUUUUAUGAUAAAUUUGGGUAACUUGACAUCAAGGUGACAAUAUUGCUACUGUUUUCCAUCAAGUGUGUGUUGAAAUGAAGCAAUUUCAACUUAUCUAAGUUUGAGAAUUCUGUGUAUAUUGCUGAUUUUGUAGUCCAAACCUUCUGGGACUUGAGGAAUGGGGCCAGCACUAUGAAAAUAAAUGCAAUAUUGGAAAAAAAAAUCAUUAAUUCCAGCAAGCAAAGUCUUACAUAAUUAUUAAUUACAAUACUAACCCUGUACCAAGAUUGUAAAAUUCAUGAACCCCUGGUUCCAAAGUAUAGGCUCAAGGGUGAAGCUAUGUUUGUCUUAAAUUAAAAAUUCAGUAUAACAUUGACAAUCUUCUUUACACCAGGAUACCUAGCCCAAAAACUAUAUAAUAAUACUAUUCAUGACCUAAAUUAGCCAUGGCCUUGCCAAGAUUAUGAAAUUUAUAUCCCCAAGAUCCAGGGUUCAGGUCUCAGGAUGCAUGGGGGGGGGACAUUAAAAUUGAAAUCUUUACUUAAGGACAUCUAGGGAACAAACUGUUUGCACAAUUACAAUGAACAGCUAGGCCAAGCCCUCAAUAAAAAUAUAUUAAGUCCUGUUUCUUGGUACCAAAAUGCAUUCCCACGUCUGGGUAAAGUUUUCAAUUUUUUGUAUUUCGGACUCAAGCUUCCUAAAUAUAGCUGGUGCGACUGAGUUGAGCAUGCCUGAGAAACUCGUGAUACUCAGGUGACUCAUGAAGCCUCUUAACAAGUUUACAAUUUUAUUUAACAAUUAUGUAUUUGCUCUUGUUAUUUUAAAUCUAGUUAGGUACACGCUUGUAUUUUUUUUCUUGUUUAUAAGUAUAGUAUUAUUUAAUAAAUUAAGCAUGCAAAGUG